AUGGUAUUCAAUGUACUGAUAGCAUCGUCUGUGAUCAAAACAGCCACCGUCGUUGGCUCUAGUCUCUGGCUCAUCCCGUUUUUGCUGGGGGCCAUCUCCUACUAUCGAUACGAUCGCGUCGAUCCGGAGUCGCGCGUCAUCAACCAAGAUGCGCUGCUGCCGGAGUAUGAUUUCGUCGUUGUUGGCGGUGGUUCAGCCGGCGCCGUGGUCGCAAAUCGGCUCACCGAAAUUCACCGCUGGAAGGUGCUACUGCUCGAGGCUGGACCGGAUGAGAACGAAAUCUCGGACGUGCCGUCGUUGGCGGCAUAUCUCCAGCUCAGCAAGCUCGAUUGGGCCUACAAAACGGAGCCGACGGGCAAAGCGUGUCUAGGCAUGGUGAACAACCGCUGCAACUGGCCACGAGGCAAGGUACUUGGCGGCUCAUCGGUGCUCAACUACAUGAUCUACGUGCGUGGUAACCGAAACGAUUUCAACCACUGGGAGUCACUCGGCAAUCCUGGCUGGGCUUACGACGAUGUGUUGCAGUUUUUCGUCAAAUCCGAAGACAACCGAAACCCGUAUCUAGCACGCAAUCCGUACCAUGGACAGGGUGGACUGUUGACGGUUCAGGAGGCUCCGUGGCAUACACCGCUUGUGGCUGCGUUUGUCGAGGCGGGUACGGAGAUCGGUUACGAAAAUCGAGACAUUAAUGGGGCGCGUCAGACUGGCUUCAUGAUCGCACAAGGCACAAUUCGACGGGGCAGUCGAUGUUCUACUGCGAAAGCUUUCCUGCGACCAAUCCGACUCCGCAAGAACCUGCACGUCGCGAUGAACGCACAUGUGACGAAGCUGGUCAUCGAUCCAGAAACGAAACACGCCGUUGGGGUGGAGUUCUUCCGAAACGGGAAACGUCACUAUGUGCGCGCUCGCAAGGAAAUCAUUAUGUCAGCCGGAUCGAUAAACACGCCACAAAUUUUGAUGUUAUCUGGCAUUGGCCCACGCGCUCAUCUAGAGGACGUAGGCAUUACAACCAUCCAGGACCUGCCGGUGGGCGAGAACCUUCAGGAUCACGUGGGCAUGGGCGGGUUGACGUUUCUAGUGGACAAGCCGGUGGCGAUCUUACAGAACCGUCUCGAAGCGGGCUCAGUCACGAUGAACUACGUCAUCAAUGAGCGCGGCCCGAUGACCAUCCUGGGCGGACUGGAAGGAAUCGCUUUCGUCAACACACCGUUCGCUAACGUAACUGACGAUUGGCCAGAUAUUCAGUUUCAUAUGGCACCGGCUUCCCUCAACUCUGACGGUGGAGCACGCGUCAAGAAGGUGCUCGGUCUUCGGGAGGACCUGUACAAGGAAGUUUUCCACCCAAUCGAGGAUAAGUACAGCUGGACGAUUAUGCCGCUCUUACUGCGGCCUCGGUCACGUGGUUGGGUACGCCUGAAGUCGAAGAAUCCCUUUCACUAUCCGCUCAUGAACCCGAACUACUUCGAGGACCCGUUCGAUGCAGCCACGCUCGUCGAGGGUGCAAAAAUCGCUCUGCGUGUCGGUGACGCUAAGGUGUUCAAACAGUUCGGUAACCGACUGCACCGUAAAUCGCUGCCCAACUGCAAACACCACAAGUUCCUCUCGGACGAGUACCUCGACUGUCAGGUGCGGACGAUUUCGAUGACUAUCUAUCAUCCGGUUGGUACGACCAAGAUGGGACCACAUUGGGAUCCGGGUGCCGUUGUCGACCCGCGAUUGCGCGUGUACGGUGUGUCCGGAUUGAGGGUGAUCGACGCCAGCGUCAUGCCCACGAUCGUUAGCGGCAACACUAACGCGGCCGUUAUCAUGAUCGGCGAGAAGGGAGCGCACAUGAUCAAGGAGGACUGGCUAGGGCACGAUCGAUGA